AUGUCUUGCGCUGACGUCGCCGGCCGCGCGCCCGCCCGCGACGUGACGGACGUCGACGCUGCCAGCGUGGAAGCGCCUCGGGGAGGUGGGCAGGACGUGGCCAGUAUCCUCCAGCUGGUGCAGAACCUGAUGCAUGGAGACGAGGAGGAGGAGACGCAGGGAUACCGCAGGAUGCAGAAUGUCGGGGAGCAGGGUCACAUGGCCCUGCUGGGGCACAGCCUGGCCGCCUACAUCUCCGUGCUGGACCGGGAGCGGCUGAGGAAGCUGACCACACGCAUCCUGUCGGACACCACGCUCUGGCUCUGCCGGCUCUUCAGAUAUGAGAAUGGGUCGGCGUACUACCACGAGGAUGACCGGGAGGGACUGAUCAGAGUGUGCCGACUGGUCAUCCACUCCCGAUACGAAGAUUACUCCAGCGAGGGCUUCACGGUGCUCAACUGCAAACAGCCUGUCAUCUACCAGAGUGCCGCCUGCAGGCAGGGGCUGGGACAGCACCUCUGCACCCAGCUGGGCCUGCCCCUCUCCAGCCUGUGCACAGUACCCUGCAACACCAUGUUUGGAUCCCAGCACCAGAUGGACGUCGCCUUGCUGGACAGGCUGGUGAAAGACGACGUGGACUCUGGGAAGCUCCCCCUGCUGCUCAUCGCCAAUGCUGGGACGCCUGGCGCUGGACACACGGACAAGCUGGGGCGGCUGAAGGAGCUCUGUGCCCAGUACGACAUGUGGCUUCAUGCGGAGGGAGUAAACCUGGCAACGCUGGCACUGGGCUACGUCACGUCGUCAGUGUUGGCGGCCACUAAGUGCGACAGCAUGACCCUGACGCUGGGUCCCUGGCUGGGCCUUCCAGCGGUGCCAGCCGUGACCCUGUACCGGCACGAGGACCCGGCUCUGUCCCUCGCCGCCGGCCUAACCUCCAGCCAGCCAGUGGAGAAGCUCCGCGCCCUGCCGCUCUGGCUUUCCCUGCAGUACCUGGGGCAUGAUGGGAUAGUGGAGCGGAUCAGGCACGCCUCUCAGCUCAGCCAGAGACUCCUGGACCAUUUGAAGAAGCUGACUUGCAUAAAAACUUCGGACGACGUUGACAGGGUGAUGUCUCUUCUCGAGGCCCUGCACAUGGUGGAGGAUGAGCUGAACUCCCCGGUUGUGGUGUUCAGGUUCUGUCAGGAGGGCAGUGCAGGUUCCAGUGGGGGCUCGGAGGGGGGGGCCCUGAAUGGCGAGAGGGAGCUGCAGGAUGCUCUAAACCGAUGGCUUGGCGAGCGGCUGGCGCAGCUGGUACCGGCCAGCGGCGUGGACGUGGUGGAGCUGGAGGACGAGGGCACCUGUGUGAGGUUCAACCCCCUCAUGACGGCGGCAGUGCUGGGCACCCGGGAGGAGGACGUGGACGCGCUGGUGCAGCAGCUGCAGGACAAGGUGCCCCUGCUCAACAGCACCCUGCGUCUGCGCCUGGACUUCCGGGAGGAGGUGUACCGCGCCCCCGGGCUGGCCUACAUCGAGGACCUGAGCUGGCCGGGGCUGGGGGCCAUCCGGUAUGAGCCGAGCGGCGAAGAGCCCGAUGAGGAGAAGAGGCAGCAGGAGGUGGAGAAGAUCAACAGCGGGCUGCUGAAGAAACUCCGAGAGCUGGACUCCGACCUCCUCUUCUCCACCGGACCGGAGUUUGGCUCGGAGCAGAACUGUGUCUACAUCGGAAUAGCGACGGAGGACCUGGACGUGACGGAGCUGGUGGAGACGAUUGCGGUCAUGGGCCGGGACAUCGAGGAGAACUCCAAGCUGCUGGAAAACAUGACGGAGGUGGUGAGGAAGGGCAUCCAGGAGGCGGAGCAGCAGCUCCAGAAGGCCAACGAGGAGAAGCUCAUGGAGGAGGGCCUGCUGCGGCAGAUCCCCGUCGUGGGCUCCGUCCUGAACUGGUUCUCCCCCGUCCAGAGCUCCAUCAAGGGCCGAACCUUCAACCUGGCCGCAGGCUCGCUGGACUCCACAGAGCCCACCUACUCCCUGAAGGCCCAGGCCACCCGAGGAACACCACCUCCCACCCCCACGUCCAUCCGCACCAAGCAGUGUCUGCCAGGCCAGAAGAUGUUCCGCCGCUCGCUGGCUGGCUCCGACGUCCACAGCGAGACCAGCUCCGUGGGUCAGGCGGAGGAGCUGGAGAGGGAGGGGCCUCGGAGCCCCGCCCCCGAGGGGAGGGGCUCAGAUGAUCAACAGGACCCCGCCCCCACGGUCACGCCGCAGCCCGACGCCCCUGUUGAGAGAGAACCUGGCGAGGGGGCCCAGCAGGAGACAGAGCAAGCACACACUCUGAGAUAGGAUUCCCUCAGACGGGGGGGGGGCUGGGGGGGGCAGGCUAGGCUCACAGGUGAAGGGCCGGCUGAAUGAUUAGUAGAUUGCUGUGUACCUACUGUGCUCCAAAUUUCCACUUCCCUUGUUAGCAAAAAGGGAAAGAUCAGACUUCUGAAACCACUUAUAUGCACAUAACAGAACAGCAAUAGGAGUUUCAACACUUCCUGAGUUCAGCAUCUCUCGAUUCGUUUUUUUUUUUACGCACUUAACACUACGUCAGUCACUUAAGACAUGGUUAUUCCCUUCGAGGUUCAGAGGGCUAGGUAUUGAGCUGGUAGUGAAAGACAUGUCUAAAACCUUUUCAGAUUGGAAGAAGAUCUAUUUGAAAUCAUUCCUGUAAGGUUGGGAACCAACAGAUCGCCAGCCCAGGGGACGGCUUUCAUCACUUUUUUUAUUUUCUGCCCGAGUAAAGACCAGGGCGUAAACUCUAGUGAAGCAGUAGAAGCUACCCAGGACCAGCUCUCGGCCGGCUGCACCCCCCUGCCAGAGCGGCCAGGGAGACAGAAAGGGCAGGGCAUGUUCAGGUCCUGCUACUGGCUCUUUAGCAAACGCCUGCCUCAUGUGAGUCACAGAACACUCAGAAUUCCUUUAAUAGCGAAUCCUAAAAUACCUUCACUUCGUAGCAGAUGACCGCUGAUGCCACCUUGUGGUUUAAGUAAAAAGAUCCACUUUUUAUGAUACUUGGACGUGACACACAGUAUGAGUACCUGGUUAACCCUUACCCCUUACUUAACUUUUAGAAAGCAGAACAGAAGAACACUAACAGGGGCCUUGUGCAUUGCGGUAGAAGGGUGGUUUACUGACAUGUUUGCUGGACUAAUCAAGAGGUUUUAUCUAACAGAGAUCAAUUAGUAGUUUGGGCUUUGCAAUACUCAUUAAUUAGUAAUGGUGGAUAGUUCAUUCAAGCAGAAGUAUCUCAUAGUGAAGACUGGAAAGUUCCACCAGAAGAAAAUCCCGCUGUUAUGCCAGUAUUUUAGUUUUGUCAACAAAAGAAUGUAAUUUAAAUGUGGAACUGGUAUUCUGUAACCACAACUAACCUUACUUUGUCAUGACCUCCGUCCACCAUUUUAUUUUUCUACACUGAAAUGAAAAACAACAUUAUUGUUGUGGCCAGUGAGUGGUGAAAGUUGGAGGCUCUCCAAUUGUGUCAAUAACAUCAGGCUCUUUUAACAGCGUGUUGACUGAGGCUCCAACUGGUGAAUUUACUUUCCGUCAUCUUGCAUAACUGAAUUUUUACCUUUUUUAAAUUAUUUUUUGUAAAUGUUUCUUCCAAAACAGUUUUUUUAGGACAAGGCGAGGGGGAGAAAAGCGCUCAGUACCGCCCCCUCUAGGUGGCCAUGUCUGGGGCUCUCUGCACUUUUCUCCACGUUAAAGACAAACCUUCUGCUUCCUGUCGAGCUUUAAACCGAGACCGUGUGGAACUUGAGCCAUGUGGGCUUUGAGCUGUGAUGUGGCUUUAGUGAAGCAAUACGUUUUAUUUCUCAAUCUACAGGAAACAAGCAGCAAGGAGGAGUUCCUAUAAACCGUGGGUAGAAAAAAGGGUUGUUUUGGAAAGUGCAGUUUUGUUUUAUGUGCUGUAAAGUGCAUUCAGAUCUUUCUAUAGUCUUCCUCCUAAUUAUUUUGUAAUUUUUGGUGAAAUGAAGAAUACUGAUUUAUUGAGCUAAGGGGAAAAAAAUAGACUCUGAUUUUAAUAAUAUAUUACCAUGGGAACAGGAAGGGUUUAUUUUUAUUACCAUACGUUAGGCUCUGCUGUAGUGUAUUUAAUAAAUACAUCAGAAACAACACAAAAAAAAUACAGAUGUAGGAAUAGACGUCUUGGUGUUCAUCUUUGAAAGCUGGAGCGAUAACAUGUCCAGCUUCAGCUUUCAUCUUGGGGGAAAAAAAAAGGAAACCAUUUGAAUCCUAUCAAUAAACUCGAGCGUAAAACUG